AUUGUGUAUAACCUCAGCUACGACCUCAGGUGUAAUCUUUUAUUUUUCUGUAAAUUCACACUAAUUUCAAGGAUAAUAAUUGUCAGUGACGGAAUCUGCUUUACAUUUGGAUUUGACAAUACAGUUACGAAUUACGCGCAUUGAGUAAAACUUGUAUAUUAACAUUAACAUGUCUGUAGCUUACGGCAUCCAUUUAGGAAAUAGCUCCGCGUGUCUGGCUUCUUUUACCAAUGGAACUGCAUCCGUAAUUGCUAACGAUGCAGGUGACAGGGUCACACCGGCCAUAAUCGCUCUUAACGGCUCCGAGUGGGAAAUAGGCCUUCCCGCUAAAUCUGGACAGCCCAACUCGAAAUCUAUUAUAAAACACAAUAAACGGCUUAUGAAUUGUGAUUUCAAUGAAGAAGACCUUGCCUAUGUUGAGAGCUCAUCGUCUUGCCGCAUCCAAAACGACGAUAAAUUAGUAUAUGAAUUUGAAACAAGUGAGACUACAUUCUACUCCAACCCAGAUAAUAUUACCACUAAGAUAUAUUCAAAACUAUACACCAUAGCUAGUCAUUCUAUGAGGAAUGAAGACGAUUUGAAGUUGGUAUUAGCUGCACCACUAAAUUGGACCAAUGAGAGCCGUAACCGUCUAGUAAAAUGUGCUGAAUUGGCUGGUUUUGAUGUGCUGCAAGUUAUCAGUGAACCAGCUGCUGCUCUACUGGCUUACAAUGUUGAAGAGACAGAAGAAGAUCUAAAUGUUCUUGUAUACAGACUGGGUGGUUCCACCUGCGCUGUUUCAAUAGCUAAAGUCUCUGGAGGUUUUAUAACGAUUGAAAAGAACAUUUUCCGUUCAGAUUUGGGUGGUCAGUGCUUGACGAAAGACUUGGCUGACUACAUAGCUCAGGAAUUUAAACAAAAAUGGAAAUUGGAUCCACAAGAAAGUCGCAGAGCGAUGGCUAAACUUCUGCAGCAUGCUGAUAACUGCAAACAUGUUCUGUCCACUCUGAAUUCAGCACAUGUAUUCAUUGAGUCUCUAUUAGAUGGUGUAGAUUGGAGCCAAAAUGUGUCCAGAGCGAGAUUCGAAAAUAUUAUUUCCUCAAAAAUAUCUGCAUACAUAGAGCCAGCACAGAAAGUGCUUGAAGGUUUUGAAGAAAAAAUCCACAAAAUUGUCCUCUGUGGAGGAAGCAUGAAGAUCCCAAAGCUACAGUCUGCUAUUGCCAAUUUACUACCUGAUGUUGAAGUGCUUUCUGGUAUUAACCCUGAUGAAGUUAUAUCUAUUGGCUGUGCUCGGGAAGCUGGACUGCUGCUUGACAUCCCAGAAUUUUCUUUGCAGGAUUUGAACACUGAAGUAGAAUUCCUAGCAAAAAAUAUUUAUGUUAAAUACUUAGACCAAACUGUGCAAAUGUUCAAAGAAGGUACACCUCCCUUUACUCAAAAUACCUGUAGUAUUGAAGCAAGCAUGGAUCUCAAGGAUAUUAACUUUUCAUUGCAUGAUGGCCCAGAUGGCGAACAAUUAGCAUUUGAGACUUUUAAUGUUGAAAAUUUGGCUAAACCUUUUACGCUAAAAGGUACAUUACAACAAUCAAAGAUAUUGUUACAGGUUGAGUAGGUAAUAUUUAUGUCCCAUGAGAUAAUUUAAUAAAGAUUUUA